AUGUUGCAAACAGUCUGCAUGAGCCCAGAUUUACUGCUCAGUCAAAACAUCAAUGAAAAUGAAAUCUGUGCCUAUAGCCCAGGCCACGAGUCUCCACUGCCAGGAGAAACUGCCAGCCCCCCAAACCAUUUUCAACAGAGCCCAUCAUUACCAGACUCUGGAUUAACCGAACGUAAUGUUGCAAGUCCUGAGACCUACCGUCUUCCUUCUGCUAAACCUCAGGAGAUGUCUGCUCCCACCGACUCUGGACUUAGCUCUGAGCCCCCUCAGAAGCGCUACAUGGGUGUGAGAGUGAAGAUGCCAGUACGAGAACUACUGAGAAAGAUAAGGCUUUCCAAAGGCUUGGAUCCAGGUCACAGCAAGGAGGCUACAUUAACGAAGACAGCAGCUAAAGGAUCCUCAGGAAAAACAGCAGAGAAGCGGAGAGCUCACCCUUAUACAGAGAAACAGCUUAGACAGAGCAAGCAGAGCAUUGGGCAAACACCAAAAGGCUUAGAGGACCUUGAUAUCCUGGUGGAGGUACUACAGGAAGACUUGAACACAAGCCAGUCAAAGGCUGGCUGUCCAGAGGAGUUUGUGGAAGCAAAUACAGGCUCUCCAGAAUUUGGGGGACAUUUGAAGUCAUUCCCACUUUCUUCCACAGAGCAAGAUCUCUCUGCCAUCUCUUUCUUCCAGUUUCAGCUACACAGGGAAGAAAGUUUACUGAGAAAUAUCUCAUCGGACAAACUGCUCGCACCUGAUGAAAACGGCAAUAGGCUGCUACACAAGGCUGUUUCUCAGGGAAGAAGAGCUCUGACGUAUGUGCUUGCACGGAGAUUUGCAUCCCUAAACAAAAUUGAUGAGAAGGACGCAGAGAAACGGACUGCAUUACAUCUUGCUGCCGAAAAGAACCAACACCUGAUGGUCAGUGACCUGAUUUCCCUGGGAGCUAAUGUCAAUGAACAAGACAGCUUGGGGAAAACUCCUCUUCACCUCUGUGCAGAAAAUGGAUAUUUGCGAGUUCUAGAAGUUUUGAAAAAUUUCAAAGAAAACGGCAUGGGUGUGGAAGUGAACCUAACUGACCAUUAUGGCUUAACACCACUACACUGCGCUGCGCUCUCUCACACUGCCUUGCUUACGGAAUCUCAAAAAACUGACAUCAGGACUGACACGGGAAGAUUUCUCAAAUUACGCAAAGAUCAAAUUCUUGAGGGAAUUAAUUGUUUAUUACAAAUGGGAGGAAAACCUGAGCUGCAGGUACUAAAUUCAUGUCAAACUACCAAUCCCUGUUUAAACAUUCUGGAGAAUACGGAGCUAAUGCAGUUGAUUCAGACUCAUAAAAACAGGAGACAGAAUGUCUUUCAAGAGGGUUAUGUUUUUCUUGAUGCCCCAAGAAGAAUGCCUUACGUCUCACCACCAAGUAAUAUUUCUGAGCUUUUCCCGUUUUCAUCUUUGGGCCACUUUGACAUCAUUCCUAAAGGUAUUUCAUAA